CUUCACUAAACCCCACAACAGCCACCAUCACCCGUGACCCACGCACCGCAAUGUCAGACAGCGAAGAAAACGACGUCUUCGGCGUAAGCCAGGACCUCGUCCCGCCAGCGGCCAUGAAGUCUGCCGGCGUGUCGGAGGUCGACUUUGACGGCCUGCUCUCCCCGCCCCUCAAGCUGCAUGAAGACCUGAAGAACGGGUGUGGCGGGCAGUUAUGGCCGGCGGGCAUGGUGCUGGGGAAGUACAUGCUUAGGGUGCAUAGAGAUGGGCUCGCGGGGAAGGAUAUCGUUGAGCUGGGUGCUGGAGGGGGGUUGGUUGGCCUCGCACUAGCCCUAGGCUGCCCCCUCACCCACCCCAUACACAUCACAGACCAAGCCCCCAUGCUCGACCUCAUGCGCCAAAACACCACCCUCAACAACCUCUCCUCCCGCGUCAAACCCUCCAUCUACGACUGGGGCGCCCCCACACCCCCCCAACUGCCACCGCACCCGGACAUCAUCCUCGCCGCGGAUUGCGUGUACUUCGAGCCUGCGUUCCCGCUGCUGCAGCGAACGCUGCAGGACCUGAUUGGCGAGAACACCGUGUGCUAUUUCUGCUUCAAGAGGCGGCGGAGAGCGGAUUUGCAGUUUAUGAAGACGGUGAGGAAGGUGUUUGAGGUUAGGGAUGUGGGGGAUGAUCCUGAUAGGGGGGUUUUUGAGAGGGAGAAGAUUUUUUUGUAUGUGAUUCUGUGGUUCUGGGUUGGGAGGUGUGGGCUGACGGUGAUAGGUACCGGAUUACGAAGAAGAAGGCUUGAAUGGGAGGAUUGCUGAGAGGGGGUGUUCUGGUUCGUGAGUAUAGUUGAGAUUUUCCGCCGGGAAGAGGAGGAACUCAUGAAGAGAUGGGACCAAGCAUGAGGAAAACAUUACGAUGCAACGCCGGAUUUACGAGGGGUCUCAUCAGCGCUCAGACGACAGUCCAAGGCCAUCAAGAGGCCAAGUUACGCACCAGGCUAUCCUAUCCGUUGCAUCCGAACCACAAACGUCGACAUCCGUCACUGAAAACCGUUUCAUCCGUCACAGGAUGCGAGUUGGUGGAUACGAGAUAUCGCGCAGCUGCUGCGUAUUAUGGUUGUUCGUCAAUGCAACAGGUCGAAUACAGCUAUACGGAAAGCAAAAUCUAGAUAUUCGUUACCUUGGUUGCAUGGUCUUCUCUUGAAUGAACACAAGACAACAUGGGAGUACUG